AUGUUAAGCGGUGCUGUCAAUAUGGAACUGAAUAAUGUUGUGAGCAACAAAAGUUCCGUAUACCUUGCACUGUCGUUCCGUAGGCUAUGUUUGGCAACAGUUAGCUUACCACUUGUAUCGCUGUUGUUCUGUUUCAUCACAGCAUAUAUAUUUCAACAGGAUGAUAUCCAUGAAACUCAUUGUAGGGUCUAUAAUAUUCUUCCAUCGAUCUCAGCCAUUACUGGAGUAUCUCCACAGAGAUAUCUAUGGCGUAUCAGUAUAGCAUUACAUAUUGGUCCUAGACUGGUCAUCGCCAGUGUUUAUCAUUCAUAUUAUUACAAGAUACUUAAGAAUAUUGAAGAUGUGCCUCUACAAAUUACAGGGAGCAGACUCCUAAACCUAUGCUACUGGCUAAACAUUGCUGAGAUAGCAGCUCUGUCUGGUGUAACAUAUAUUUCUAACAGAGAAAAUUAUUCGGUGCACGAAAAAAUUUUCAUAGUGUUCAUGAUUAGCUCGCUCACAUACAUGUUGACUGCUGUAAGAUUGGGUCGUCUAAUAACUCCAAAUGCACAAAGUCUUCAGUACAAACAAGUGCUUUUUAUGACGAGUCUCGUCAGUACAAUCUUUCUUAUUAUUUUCUUUUUAAAACAUCGACUGCUGUGUCAUGAUUUGGCAUUUAGUUGGUUUUCGCUAUGUGAGUAUGUGAUAGCUUUUGCAAAUAUGGGCUUUCACAUCACUGUGGUUUCGGACUUUCCAGAAGAACAACUGAUCGUAGGUCACGGUUUACCUGCUGUGAAAAUAGAUUAA